GAGAUCAAAGACGAGCAAAACACUGCGCGGACAAAGAUAUCCGCUAAAUUGCAUCUUUUGACCGGAUAAGCAACCGUUUUAUAUUUGAUUCUUGUUUGUAUCCGGUCUGCGGUUCGCAUUCGCUCAAUCAGCGCAUUUUCCCGUGGUACCGAACAGCUCCGUCCCUUCGCUCGAAUAUAACAGUCAUCAUCAAACAAUACCUAGAUAUAGAAGAACGAUAAUAUGAGCUUCCCCGGUUUCCCCUCGCCCAUGGGCGGCGCUGGCGCCGGACAGAAUGCAGGCAUGAGUGAGCAGGAACAGAAUAUGAUUAAAAUGAUGAACGCAGCUGCAGAAUCGUGUCCAUUCAAAAUAGCUCUUUCGGGUGGUGCUGGAUUUGCGCUAGGUGGUGCUUUUGGUUUUCUUACUGGCGCUAUGGCAUACGACGUUCCCCUCACAGCCAAAGGCACAGAAAUAUAUAACCUCCCCUGGCGCGAACAACUCAAACACGGCUUCAAGGAUAUGGGCACUCGAGCAUGGAGCAGCGCAAAGACAUUCGGAUACAUCGGCGCCGUUUAUACUACUGCUGAAUGUACAGUGGAAGGUCUACGCGCCAAAAACGAUUUGACAAAUCAUGUUGCGGCGGGUUGUUUGACGGGGGCUUAUUUGGCUAGGAAUGCUGGGCCCAAGGCUGCGUUGACGGGGUGUAUUGGGUUUGCGGCUUUUAGUACAGCUAUUGAGGCUUACAUGCGUAUGCCAGGGGAGAAUUGAUUCUCUAAUGCCGCUAAGGGGUUCUUAUUAUUUUCGAUCUUAUGUGUGACUAUUUUAUUUUCUUUUUUUGGAAGACCAGGGCUUAUCGGAAGAACAUAGGGUAUGGUCACCCAUGAUACAUAUAUGUAAGAAAGCAUUGCUGGAGUUUUUGUUACAGGUUGGGCUCUUUUUUUGCGGUUUCUGAGGGUUUAUUUCCACUCCUGUCCACUCAUGUAUAUUGAGAUAUGUAUAUUAUUCGUUGGGUUGAUGAUAGACCUAGACUAAUUCAUAAAGAUUGCAUCUGCUC